UUAUGAGAAGAUAAAUGAGUUGUCAUUCGAUAACAAAUAUCAAAUCUCGUCAGGAUUCAUGGUAAUGUAAGCAUUUUCUUCAAUAUUUUUUUCUACAGAAUGCUAUGAGGAAAAAAUGAAAAGGUAAGCGUGUUUGCAAAAGUUAUAUAGAAUAUUUCUGAUCGAGAAGCGAAAGUACGUAGAAUAAAGUUUUAUUUUAUUUUAAUUAUUAAAACAUCGGUUUUUUUUACCAAAAACGUAUUUCACAUUUUCGAACGUAUCUUGAUAUUUGGAUCUUGUUAAAAAAUACGCGCCGUAAUAUGCCGUCAUAUUUUUAGUAUUCCCGGCAUCCGUUAGAUAGCGCUACAAGCGCUCACAAAUUGUAGUAAAUAUUUGUGUUUGCGUCAGCUUCGAAGAAGAAAAAGAAGCUUGAAUAUAACUGGAAUCUUUGUUAGAGAUAUGUGAUUUCAAGCUUGUCGCGGGCGCAAUGGCAUCCAUGAAUGAAUUCGGUCCAGAUUCUGGUGGUAGAGUGAAGGGAGUUACCGUAGUCAAGCCUAUAGUCUACGGAAAUGUAGCGCGUUACUUUGGCAAAAAGAGAGAGGAGGAUGGUCACACGCAUCAGUGGACCGUGUACGUCAAGCCAUACAACAACGAGGACAUGUCCACCUACGUGAAGAAGGUGCAUUUCAAGCUGCACGAGAGUUACAACAAUCCCAAUCGAAUCGUGACGAAGCCGCCGUACGAAUUGACGGAGACCGGCUGGGGCGAAUUCGAGAUAGUUAUUAAGAUCUACUUUCACGAUCCAAACGAACGUCCCGUAACAAUAUAUCACAUCCUGAAAUUGUUUCAAUCGACACCCGAAAUACAGCUGAAGAAGAGUCUGGUGUUCGAAUUUUACGAGGAGAUAGUCUUUCAGGAUCCGACGGCGUUGAUGCAACAUCUACUGAGUUCCAGUAGACCUAUGACGCUCGGAGUCUGGCGGCACAAUACAGACUUUGAAGCACUGAAGGAAUCUACAAUGAAAGAUAUUAUGGAGGCACGCAACAAGAUAAGACUGGAGGUGAUAGAUCUGAAGGAAAAAUUGACCCUGGCGAAAGAGACUAUCGCAAAGUUCAAGGAGGAAAUUGCAAAGAUUUCCAAAGCCGGCGGAAGUUUAUCCGUUGCGUAGUAAUAUUCCAAUGGAAACAUUGAUGUCGAACAAAUGGACUAUAUUUGUCCUUCAGCAAGUAUAGGUUCUUUCUUGUAUAAAAUGUACAUAAUUUCGUAAUUAUAACUUUAAAUUUUAUUCUAAUUAAA